AUGGCCAAGCGCCCGUCGACCACACCGCCGCCUGCUGCAAAGCCAUCCACGGCAGCAGCCUCAAAAGCCGCAGUCACAAAUCGAAGUCUCUGGCAGUCAUACAAUGCUCUGCCACCGUCGGCGAGGCUCAAAAUCUCACUAGGCCUAUGCUUGGUUGGGAUCGCCGGCAUUGUUGCUUCAGAUUUUGUAGAAAAGAAGGUGCCAGCACCGCAGCAGACAAGCAAUGCCUAG